GGGCGGCGGCGAUGGACAUCUACAACGUCGAGGCCGCCGAGAUCCUCGCCAACGAGGCACUUCAGCUCCCCAUCGCCGAGGCCGCCCCCAUCUACGAGAAGCUGCUCGCCACCUUCCCCACCGCGGUGAAGUACUGGAAGCAGUACGUUGAAGCCUACAUUGCCGCAAACGACGAGGAAACUGCCAAGCAGAUAUUCAGCAGAUGCUUGCUCACCUGCCCUCACAUCAAUCUCUGGCGUUGUUACAUCAACUUCAUUAAAAGAGUAAACAGUAAAAGGGGCUCUGAGGGUCUGGAAGAAACAAAAAAGGCUUUUGACUUCAUGCUGAACUAUGUUGGCAAUGAUGUUGCAUCUGGCCCUGUUUGGAUGGAGUACAUUGCAUUCUUGAAAUCAAUGCCGGUUGUGACGCCCCAGGAUGAGUCACGCCGCAUGACUACUAUAAGGAAAGUAUACCAGAAGGCAAUUUUGGUCCCAACUAGUCAUGUCGAGCAGCUGUGGAAGGAUUAUGACAACUUUGAAAAUUCCGUUAGUCGCACCUUGGCAAAAGGCUUGCUAUCUGAAUAUCAACCAAAGUUUAACAGUGCUAGGGCGGUAUAUAGAGAACGGAAGAAGUACAUUGACGAUAUCGAUUGGAGCAUGCUGGCCAUCCCCUCUACAGGCUCCUACAAGGAAGAGCAACAGUGUAUGGCAUGGAAAAGACUUCUGACAUUUGAGAAGGGGAACCCUCAAAGAAUCGAUGCUGCAGCUGCUAAUAGGCGUAUUACAUUUACUUAUGAGCAAUGCCUAAUGUAUCUUUACCAUCAUCCUGAUGUAUGGUAUGAUUAUGCUACGUGGCAUGCAAAGAAUGGUUCUACGGAUUCUGCAAUCAAAAUAUUUCAGCGCGCUGUAAAAGCACUCCCUGGUUCUGAAGUACUAAAAUAUGCCUUUGCUGAACUGGAAGAGUCUAUUGGGGCAAUUCAGCCUGCUAAGACGAUAUAUGAGUCUCUUGUAGCUGAAAAUGCAAGCAUGACAUCACUUGCACAUAUUCAGUUUAUUCGGUUUCUAAGGAGAACUGAAGGCAUUGAAGCGGCUCGCAAGUACUUUUUGGAAGCUCGGAAGUUGCCAAGCUGCACCUAUCAUGUGUAUGUUGCUUAUGCUACAAUGUCAUUUUGCCUCGACAAAGAUGCGAAGGUGGCUCAAAAUGUUUUUGAAGCUGGUUUAAAGAAAUUUAUGCAAGAGCCAGGAUACGUCCUUGAAUAUGCCGACUUCCUGUGUCGCUUAAACGAUGAUAGAAAUGUACGUGCUUUGUUUGAGCGAGCUCUGAGCUUACUUCCUCCUGAGGAAUCCGUAGAGGUAUGGAAACGGUUCGCUCAAUUUGAGCAGAUUUACGGGGAUUUGUCAAGCAUGUUAAAGGUGGAACAAAGAAGGAAGGAGGCUUUAUCUAAGACAUCAGAAGAUGCCUUAUCGUCGUUAGAGAACACACUAUAUGACAUUGUUUCUCGAUAUAAUUAUAUGGAUCUUUGGCCAUGCUCAUCAAAAGAAUUGGAUUAUCUGUCAAGACAGGAGUGGCUUGCAAAGAACAUGUCUAAGAAGAGUGACAAGUCAGUUAUGCUAACUAGUGUUGUUGGCCCUACCUUAGAUAAAGGCAAUGUUGGGGUUGGUGCGAAUGCAAAGUUAUUACCCUUGUCUGCAAGAGUUGUUCGUCCCGAGACUUCUCGAAUGAUUAUUUAUGAUCCUAGACAGAUAAAAGGUCCAGUGAUUACAGCCACAUCCAGUGGGUACACAAAGGAGGUUGACGAUAUAUUCAAAAUGCUUUCUCCACCAAUAAUGUCCUUCAUCACGAAUUUGCCUGCUAUUGAAGGUCCAUCACCAGAUAUAGACAUUGUGCUUGGCGUCCUACUGCAAAGCACAUUGCCAGCAGGACUUGAUGUUGGCAAACCUUCUGGUCCGGUUCCUGGCGCUACCACUACUGACCUCUCGGGUCCUCGGAACCAGAAUGGAUCAGUUCAUAGACCUCCAAGAGAUGGGCAGCCCACGAAAAGGAAGGCCAUUGAAAGGCAAGAGGAAGAAGAUGCAGCAGCAGCGGCGCAGAACCGAGCGAUGCCCCGAGACAUAUUCAGGCUCAGACAGAUCCAGAGGAGCCGGGGUGUGGCUCCUGCUCAGUCGGGAUCCGCGGCGAUGUCCAGUGGAAGCAUGUUUUCUGGGGAGCAAUCAGCCAACAGCUCAAGCUAGUACACUUGAUGUGUAGCUAGUUCUCUGGCUGCAUGUAGCUACUAAUAUAUGAUAUACUCCCUCCUUUCCAUGAAAUUUGUCUGAGAUUUGUCAAAAUUUGGAUGUAUCUAGAUGCUAUUUGGUGUUCAGAUGCAUCCGAAUUUAGACAAAUCUCAUCCAACUUUCAUGUGAUGGAGGGAGUAUAUCACAUGUAGAAAGAUGGAACUAAAAUGACAUAGUACUUGCUAGGGCCAGGCUUAGUUAGUUUAUGUUAGCCAGCCUAGGCUAAAACAGAUCUUUGAUUAGCUGAUCAAGCAGCUGGUGUGACAACA